AUGGCCAACGUCCUGGUCCAUUCGACCGGCCAUAGCCCGUUCCAGAGAACCAUCAUGAGUGCGCAGAACAGAAACGCACAAAAAGCCAUUGAGGAUGCACCACACCGAAGUCCUCAGAGAGCCAUUACGAAUGCACCGUAUAACAUCUCCCAGAGCGCCACCGCGGAAAGAUCGAAGAAGAGCACCCAGGGAGCCACAACAUAUUCACCCAAAAAUGGUACUCAGCGCGCUACCACCAAUCCGCCAGACAGAAACACUCAGAGAGCCAUCAUGGCUGCACAGCAGAGAAGUGCCAGAGAGAAGCCGCCACCACCGCCGCCAAAGAAGGCCGACAAGGAGGUCACCUCGAAGAGCAAGACGGGCAGAUCAGAACCCAUACAAUUUGGCUUCUUUGCCGUCGCAAAGCAUUUUCGAUGA